CCCAGCCCUCUGGCUGCAGGUUUUUAAGCCGAAGCUGAUACCGGUGAUCCUUAGAGAGAAGACAGAAAGAGAGGAGACGAUUUGCUGGUCGGAUGAAAGAAAAGCAUCUCUGCUGGAAGAAAUAUACUGGGACAAAGUCCUCGGUAGAAGGUGACGUGAGAGGCCAAUACAAGAUUUUUUACUUCUGGAGGGGAAAGCAUGACCAUGAAACUGGAACAGAAAUUCUUCCCACUUUUGCUGCUGUUGGGCGCAAUCACUGCUUUCCAGUGCCAGGAAUUGCCUGUGAGAGUUAAGAAAGGUGCUAGAUCUAAAUCCAUAUGUAGAGACCCUUCCACACAACGAAUUUACCAGCAAAGGGAAAGCUGGCUACGCCUAGCGAACAGAAGUGUUGAAUACUGUCGGUGCGAGAGUGGCUGCAGCCGCUGCCACGUGGUGCCUGUCAAAGCCUGUGCGCAGCAUAAGUGCUACAACAGGGGCAUCUGCCAGGAGGCGUUGUAUUCCCCUAGGCACUUCAUCUGCUCAUGCCUUCCGGGCUUCUCUGGGAAGCAGUGUGAGAUUGAUGCCGAAGCUACAUGUUACAAUGAUGCCGGAGUAACAUACAGGGGAAUGUGGAGCACAACUGAAAGUGGAGCCGAGUGCUUAAACUGGAACAUUAGUGCCUUGGCACAGAAGCGGUACAAUGGGCGCCGGGUGGAUGCCAUGGAGUUGGGCCUCGGCAAUCACAACUACUGCCGAAAUCCAGAUGGGGACACCAAACCCUGGUGCCAUGUUUUCAAAGCAGGGUUGUAUACCUGGGAAUAUUGCACCAUCUCUUCCUGCUCCAAGAGAAAUGAUGACUGUGUUUCUGGAAGGGGCACUGAUUAUCGAGGCAGACACAGCCGCACGGAUUCUGGCGCCACUUGCUUGAGAUGGGACUCCAAAAUUCUCACUAACAAGGUCUACACUGCCUGGAAGUCCAACGCACAGCAGCUAGGCCUUGGCAGCCACAACUACUGCCGGAAUCCAGACAAUGAAACCAGGCCCUGGUGCCAUGUCCUGAAGGGCGGCCGGACACAAUGGGAACUCUGCAGUGUGCCUGUUUGCUCCACCUGUGGAUUGAGACAGCACAAGGAGGCCCUGUUCCGGAUCAAAGGAGGUCUCUAUUCACAGAUCCAGUCACAUCCUUGGCAGGCAGCCAUUUUUACCCGGUACCGCAGAGUACGUGGAGAGCACUUUUUAUGUGGAGGGAUCCUAAUCAGUUCCUGCUGGGUCCUCUCAGCAGCCCAUUGUUUUGAGGAAAGGUUUGUUGUCAAUCGCCUCAAGGUUAUAUUGGGCAGGACUUCCCGUGUGAUCCCCCAAGAAGAUGAGCAGAAGUUUGAAGUGGAAAAAUAUAUUAUGCAUGAAAACUUUGACCGAAACACAUAUGACAAUGAUAUUGUUUUGCUGAAACUGAAGUCCCAGUCAGAAACGUGUGCAAAAGAAACAGACACUGUUCGUGCCGCCUGCCUCCCAGAGCCUGGGCUGAAACUGCCCGCCUGGACAGAGUGUGAGAUCUCAGGCUACGGCAAACAUGAAGAAUUUUCUCCCUUCUACUCGGAACGUCUCAAGGAAGGUCAUGUGAGGCUAUAUCCGGACAGCCGCUGCACACCCCAGCAACUCUCUAACAGGACGGUCACAAAGAACAUGUUGUGUGCAGGAGAUACCAGACAGCUGGAUGAUGCCUGCAAGGUAAACCCAAGUUCUAAAAAUAGUGGAAUUUCUUUGUAGGUUCUGGCUAAAGGUCAUCUAGUCACGCACCAUGUUUCUAUCAGCAAACAGCCAGAUGGGUUUCCCAGCAGUUC